CCCACCCUCUCCUUCGCAUCUUGAGCUGCUUUGAAGAAGGUCACACGGCUCGCCGCCCGCCUGCCCCCGAGAAGCCUUCCACAUGAGCCAGCCGGGCCUCGUCGCCCCACCAGGAUGAAGAAAGAGAAGAAGACGUCGGUUUUCACGCUGGUCCUCCUCCUGCACUUCAGCUCGGCAAGACAAUCGGACUACGCUCCGUAUUUCUACGACAAUGGACCCAGCAGUACCAACGGGAACAUGGCUUUGUUCAGCAUCUCUGAGGACACACCAGUCGGAACGCAGAUCUAUGUCCUCAAUGGCAGCGAUCCCGAGGGCGAUCCCAUACGAUACGGUCUGACGUUCCAAAUGGGCUCCAAAGAGUAUUUCAGGGUUGAUCCCAAAUCCGGAAACGUGACCCUCAUUCUGGAGCUGGAUCGAGAGAAACAAGAUGAGAUUUCUGCGCUCGUGAGCAUCACGGACGGGCGUAAUAAAGUGGUUGAAAACGUGAGAGUGUUUGUCACCGACGCCAACGACGAACCGCCAGAGUUUCAAAACCUUCCUUUUAUCGUCAAUAUCGCAGAGGAUGUCGCGGCAGGCAGCAGCAUCUACAGAGUGCAGGCGCGGGAUAAAGAUCUCGGCUCAGGAGGAAGCGUCUCCUAUUCCCUGCAGCCGACGCCGUUCUCCAAGUUCACCAUCGACGCCCACAGCGGGAUCCUGAGGGUGAAAGCGGGCGAGUGGCUCGACUACGAGACCACGCCCACGCACUUUGUGACGGUGCUCGCCAAGGACGGAGGAGGGAAAUACAAGGGCAAACAUCAGGUUUUGACCUCCACAGCCACCGUGACGGUUAAUGUCCUGGAUGCCCAAGACACGCCCCCGUCUUUCGUGGGAAGGCCUUACUUUGGUUACAUCUACGAGGUCUCCGUUCCUGGCUCAGAGAUUCUCACCGUUUACGCCCGAGACGGCGAUCAAGGCAAUCCCAACCCCAUCUAUUAUUCCAUCAUCGGCGGGAGUGACGGCGUCUUUGACAUCAACAGCACGAGCGGGUGCGUCACGCUGACAACCCAGCCCUCCCUGCUGAAAAACGAACUCUACGAAAUUCAAGUCAAGGCAUCUGAGGUGGGAGCCGACGGUCUGCUGCGGGACCACGACACGGCUGUGGUGACGGUACGAGUGGUGGAUCUCAACAACCACCCGCCCACCUUUUACGGCGAGAACGGGCCGCAGAGCACGUUCGAGGUCACCAUGUCCGAGCAUCCUCCCUCCGGCGAGAUCCUGCGGGGAUUCAAGAUCACCGUCAACGAUUCUGAUCAAGGAGCUAACGCUAAGUUUAAACUGAGGCUGGUGGGGCCCAGCCGAGUUCUCCGAGUGGUCCCUCAGACGGUCCUGAACGAAGCCCAGGUGACCAUCAUCGUGGAGGACGCAUCUGGCAUCGACUACGAAAAGGGACCCACGCUCUCGUUUAAGCUGUUGGCGGUCGAGCUCGACACUCCCGAGCGCUUCAGUGCGACGGCAGACAUCGUGAUCAACCUCCUGGACACCAACGACAACACUCCCAAAUUCACGUCGGACUAUUACAUCGCCAGGGUCGCCGAGAACUCGCCCGGGGGCACCAGCGUUUUUACAGUUGCGGCCAACGAUCCUGAUUCGGGGCCCUGGGGCGAAGUCAAAUACAGCAUUUAUGGACCGGGAUCAGAUCUGUUUUCCAUCCAGCCGUCGACGGGCCUCAUUUCCACGCAGCCGUGGACGUCGCUGGACGCCGAAGUGCGCUCCAAGUUUAACUUUUACGUCAAGGCGCAGGACUCCGAGGGAAAGUACAGCCUGGCCGAGGUCUUCGUCACCGUGCUGGACGUGAACGACCACUCGCCCGAAUUCGACGACCCGUUGCUGGAGAAGACGAUGGUCAUCGGAACGCCGAUCAAAGUCGAGGCGGUGGACGAGGACGCCGAGUCUCCCAACAACGUGGUGGAGUACUGCAUCAUGUCGGCGGAUCCCGACGACGCCUUUGAGAUGGACGCCCGGACGGGCGAGAUCCAGCUGAAGCCGUACAUCAAGUCGAUGGAGAUCGUGCGCAACAUCACGAUGCAGAAGGACUGCAAGUGGUCACUGGUGGUGCAGGCACGAGACCGCGGCUCUCCGUCCUUCAGCACGACCGCCGUGGUCAACGUCGACAUCACCGAGGCGACUCCUCUCAAGGGGCCUAUGGCGGCCUUUUUAAUGAGGAGUCGGGACAACCCCAUGAAAGCGUUAGGCAUGCUUACCUUCAUUAUUAGCUUGUCGGUAGGAGCGACCGUUCUCAUCUCCACGGCCAUCUACAUGCGCAACGCCAAGUCCCAAAACAGGGUGACGCCUGCGCGCCGCAUCAUCAAGAGGCGACCCGGGCGCCGGCAGCCUCGGACCUUCAACGUGCUCGCCUUCAAAUUCGGCAAGCCCUCCGAGAAGUUCCUCGCGCAGGAUCCGGAGGGGAGCCCCGAGCGGGAGAGCGGCACCCAGAGAACGAGGCGGCCGCAGCCGCCGCCGCCGCCGCCGCCCUGCGCCCCGUGUCUGCCCCCGCCGGCCCCCGAGAGGUCCCGCGCUGUCCCCACCAUAUCGGGAGUCUUGGCCUCCAAAGGUUCCAGGAAAGGCAAGCGGGGCGGUCGCAAAGAGGGCAACGUGAGCUCGGCGCUGGUUUCCGAGUUGAAAAUGAGGCUGGAGCAGAAAAUUAGAGAAAACAACCAAGGUUACUAUUAGCCGGACGUGGCAAAAGUACUCACGCCGAGUAGAAGCACACAGACUUGUGUCGAAAAACAGACUUCCCAUUCAUUCACUUGGGUC